AGAAAAAUGAAAUUAAAGUGCAAGAAACCCAUGACCCCACCCCACUCCCCCUCUCUCUCUCAAAACCCGAACUUCUUUGCUUCAAAAUUCAACUCCCCCAUAAAUCUUUUUCCUGUACAGCUUAACUGGUGGGUUGGUGUGAGAAGAAGAGGUGUUUCAGAAGCUUGAUUAUUAUGAAUUUGUUAUAAAAUGGCUAACAAUAAUAGUUUCAAGAAUGGCGGUGUGAAGACGAAGUCAAUUUCAUCUUCAUCUUCAUCUUAUUCUUCUGGAUAUAAAUCUAAGCCGUCGGUAACGUCUGGUGGCCGCCGUAGCAGCACCGGUUCCAGUGGUAAUUCCGCCGGUGCACUUCAUAAGGACACUCCUGGAGUUUCUGGGAGGGUUCGAGUGGCUGUAAGAUUACGACCACGAAACACGGAGGAACAAUCAACCGAUGCUGAUUUCGCUGAUUGUGUGGAAGUGCAGCCCGAGCUUAAAAGAUUAAAACUUCGAAGGAAUAACUGGGAUUCAGAUACGUUCGAAUUUGAUGAAGUUCUUACUGAAUUCGCAUCACAGAAACGCGUCUAUGAAGUUGUCGCCAAGCCUGUUGUCGAGAGUGUUCUUGAUGGAUAUAAUGGAACAGUCAUGGCAUAUGGACAGACUGGCACUGGAAAAACUUACACACUUGGAAGACUUGGGGAUGAAGAUACUUCUGCUAGAGGAAUAAUGGUUCGUGCAAUGGAAGAUAUAUUUGCAGAAAUCUCUCCAGAAACCGAUUCAAUUUCUGUUUCCUAUUUGCAGCUGUAUAUGGAGACAAUACAAGAUCUUCUUGAUCCUACAAACGAUAAUCUAUCUAUAAUGGAAGAUCCAAAAAGUGGAGACAUUUCACUCCCUGGUGCUACCUUGAUAGAGAUCAGAGAUCAACCAAGUUUUGUUGAACUUCUUCGGUUAGGAGAAGCACAUCGGUUUGCUGCUAACACAAAAUUGAACACCGAAUCUUCUCGAAGUCAUGCCAUUUUAAUGGUUCAUGUUAAGAAGUGUGUGAAGGAAAGAGAUGGUGAAAAUGGUGGAAAGGUCCACAUGAGUAGAACAAUGAAGCCACCAGUUGUUAGAAAAGGGAAGCUAAUUGUUGUGGAUCUUGCAGGAUCUGAGCGUAUUGAUAAAUCAGGAAGUGAAGGACAUACAUUAGAAGAAGCAAAAUCUAUAAAUCUUUCUUUAAGUGCUCUUGGGAAAUGUAUCAAUGCAUUAGCAGAAAACAGUUCUCAUGUUCCAGUUCGUGAUUCAAAGCUUACAAGAUUGCUUAGAGAUUCAUUUGGAGGAACUGCAAGAACUUCACUUGUGAUCACAAUUGGUCCUUCUCCAAGACAUAGAGGAGAGACAUCAAGUACUAUAAUGUUUGGGCAACGAGCUAUGAAAGUUGAAAAUAUGUUGAAGAUAAAAGAAGAGUUUGAUUACAAGAGUUUAGCUAGAAAGCUUGAUGUACAACUGGAAUCUCUCAUUGCUGAACAUGAAAGGGAACAAAAAGCUUAUCAGGAUCAAGUUCAAAAAAUUCGGUUGGAUGCGAAAAAACAAAUGUCCGAUGCUGAAAAAAGUUAUAAAGAUGCUUUCGAGAAGGAACAAUUGAAAUAUCAGAGAGAGUGUAUGGAGUCGAUAAAGAAGCUUGAAGUCCAAUUGGCAGCAAAUCAAGAAAAGCAGGGAGAUAAAAGAGUUAAAGUUGGAUUUAAAGAUGAAGGUGUGCGUAGUAGUGCAGAAGAACUUAUUGAAGCUAAGAAAUUACUACAGAAUGAAAUACUGUUACGAAAAGCUGCAGAAGAAGAAAUCAGUAAUCUUAGAAAUCAAGUAGUGCAAUGGAAAAGAUCCGAGGCAACAGGAAAUGCUGAAAUCUCAAAGCUUCGAAAGAUGCUGGAAGAUGAGGUUCAUCACAGAGAAAAGCUUGAAGAAGAAAUAUCCAUGUUGCAAAAUCAGCUUUUGCAAUUAAGUUUUGAUGCUGAUGAGACAAGAAAACAACUGGAAAUUGGUCAUGGUGUAGACAUGAGUGGAGAAAUGGGUUCCCUUGUUUCUCCGGUCAGACAGCAACAGAUGGAAUAUUCCGGCGAGCAGAAGGGCUCUGUUGCAAAACUCUUUGAACAAGUUGGACUCCAAAAAAUUCUAUCUUUACUGGAAGCAGAAGACCCGGAUGUGCGAAUCCAUGCUGUAAAAGUUAUUGCAAAUUUGGCAGCCGAAGCAACGAAUCAGGAAAAGAUAGUGGAAGCAGGUGGCCUUACAUCCUUGCUAUCUCUUCUCACAACCUCUGAAGAUGAGAACAUCCAUCGAGUUGCUGCAGGCGCAAUUGCAAACCUUGCAAUGAACGAGACUAACCAGGAGCUUAUAAUGAGUCAAGGGGGUAUCAGUUUGCUUGCAAUGACAGCCGAAAAUGCAGACGAUCCACAAACACUUAGAAUGGUGGCUGGUGCCAUCGCUAACCUCUGUGGCAAUGACAAAUUGCAGUUGAUGCUAAGAGCCGAAGGCGGAAUCAAGGCGUUGUUGGGAAUGGUGAGAUGUAGACAUCCGGAUGUUCUUGCUCAAGUGGCUCGAGGAAUCGCCAACUUUGCAAAAUGUGAAUCCAGAGCAUCCACCCAAGGAAUUAAAACCGGGAAAUCUCUCCUGAUUGAGGAUGGUGCGCUUCCGUGGAUUGUGAAGAAUGCCAACAAUGAAGCGUCGCCAAUUAGGCGUCAUGUGGAGCUUGCUCUUUGCCACAUGGCACAACAUGAAGUAAAUGCUAAAGAUAUGAUAUCGGGGGGUGCUUUAUGGGAGCUUGUUAAAAUCUCACGGGAUUGUUCAAGAGAGGAUAUUAGGAUUCUUGCACGGAGAACGUUAUCUUCAAGUCCUACUUUUCAGCUGGAAUUAAAGCGUUUAAGAUUAAACACCGGUUGAAUUUUAUGUAAAACUCUAAAUGUUUGUUUGCUCAAAGGGUGUGUGCGAUUUGUGAUUAUUUUUCAUAGAUUUUAGGGUUUGUUUUGAUAAAAGUUAUAUCAUCGUUGUUUGUAGGUAGGUUAUUAGUUCCUGU